AUGCUUACCUUGACAUACUCACUUCCGGUCUUUACUCGGCGACCGGAAUUUAUCAAAAUCUCCCACAGUAGAAGCAGUGUAGUGGUAUGUGCUGCAAAAGGUCCAAGACCCAGGUACCCAAGAGUCUGGAAAGCCAAUAAGAGGAUUGGGACCAUUUCCAAAUCGAUUAAGCUUGUUGAGUCUAUUAAGGGAUUGUCAAAUGUCAAGGAGGAAGUUUAUGGGGCCCUUGAUUCUUUCAUUGCUUGGGAAUUAGAAUUCCCUCUGAUUACAGUGAAGAAGGCAUUGAAGACCCUUGAGAAUCAAAAAGAAUGGAAGAGGAUAAUUCAGGUAUCAAAGUGGAUGUUAAGCAAAGGUCAAGGAAGAACAAUGGGAACCUAUUUCACACUAUUAAAUGCUUUGGCAGAGGAUGGGAGAGUCGAAGAAGCUGAAGAGCUAUGGACAAAGUUAUUCUCACAGUAUUUGGAAAGCAUGCCUCGCAUGUUCUUUGACAAAAUGAUUUCUAUUUACUAUCGGCACGGCAUACAUGACAAGAUGUUUGAGAUUUUUGCUGACAUGGAGGAGCUUGGGGUCCAACCGAAUGUUUCAAUUGUUACAAAAGUUGGAAAUGUCUUUCAGGAGUUGGGUAUGUUGGACAAAUACCAUAAGUUGAAGCAGAAAUAUCCACCACCAAAAUGGGAGUAUCGAUACAUCAAAGGAAAACGUGUUAAAAUUCGAGCAAAUUAUGAAAAUGAUGGUGCUGAAAAAAUGCGGAGUCAGGAGAACGAAACAGUCCACAGCUCAGAAGAAUUGUUAGAAGCUGAAUCAAAUCCAAAUGAAGACGUUGUUGUAGCUGAGGAAGGGGACCAGAACUCAAGUGAUUUACUCGAGGAAGCUGAAACAAGUUUAGAUGAACCCACGAUUGAAUCUUGA